AUGGAAGCAUCAAAAGUUUUUUCACACUCCAAACUUGUACCUUUUGGUUUCUCUAUUGUGAGCAACAAUAUCUCUCUAAGACCUUUCAGCAAACAAGUUCAUGCUGAUGUGGUUAAUAACAGUAAUCAACUCCACCCAAGACCCAAGCGCAUGACUUUUCAAUUGAAUUGCAGUUGCAGCCGUGGAAAACCUUUUUCCUCCUUACUUAAACCAGUAAGAAAAAGAGCUGAUUUGUUCCCUCUUCCCAGAUGCUCAAUUUCCAAUGAAGCCAGCACAGAUUCUAGUAAUCCAGUCCUAAAGUACUUCAAAAACAUAUCAUUUGAUUCGAUAAAAGCUACCGUUCUGCAGUUGACUCCAAUCGAUAUAGUAAAAUUGACGGCGAUACUGUCAGUCAUAACUACAGCCAUAAAAUGGGCUAUUAAUAUGCUCUUGAAUCCUUUCUUCUGGAUGUAUUUUAGCUGGACUUGGAUGUACUGGCCAUGGCUGGUGGCCGUAGCUCUUGCAGCUUAUGGGAUAUAUUGCUUUCGGAAACACGUGAUCGGUGAGGCAAACAUAUUUGAGCAAUUGGCCAUUGUUACAUCAGCUUUUACAUGGCUCACCCUUGUUCCACCAGCUUAUUUCAAUGGCUACCUUGAAGGCUGGCCUAUGGUUUUCUUUUUUGUAUACCAUUACUUCUUUUUCUAUAAUGUUAGUGUACGGAAGCGGUUGUACGGAGAUUAUUAUGCUCGGCGUCAUGACCCAAAAUGGGAUGUGAACUUGCCAAUGUUGUCUCGCCUUUUGUUCAGUGCAGGAAUCAUGGUUGGCCAUUGGCUUGCAGCAUUCGAAGGCCCAGAGCUUAACCUCAUACCAGGUGGGUGGAGCAAUCUUGGAAUCUGGGGUUUGAUUAUUGCAACUCUGCUGUUUCAUUAUAAUGCCACAUUAUAUCUUGCUAAGUAUUCAGAGAAUGUGGUGGUUCCAAUUUCUGUUGUGCAAUUUGGACCUUAUCGCUGGUUGCGCCAUCCAGUAUAUUCGUCAACAGCGCUUUUGUUUGUGACAUAUUGCGUUGCGCUUCGAGCACCGCUGAGUCUGCUAUUUAUUGUAGCUAUUUGUUUGUUGUAUUAUAAGCAAAAGGCAGAUAUGGAGGAGGCUUUGAUGAUUGAGUCGUUUGGCCAGAGAUACACCGAAUAUGCAAGUAAAGUUAAGUAUAAGUUUAUUCCUUUUAUUUAUUAG